CAAACAUCAAUGAGAUCCUUUCUUUAUCAAUAUCAUUUUGCUUCAACUACAGAGAAUCGAAUUAAUAGUGUUGUUCAUAUUCUUAACCCUUUUAUGGAAAAGUUAUUUUUUAAUAUUCAAAGUAAUUUUAAAUACUUGAAUGUUGAUUUGAAUGAUGAAAAAAAUCAAAUAGAUAUGAGUUCAUUUGAUGAUAGAAUUCUCGGUCAUGUUUUAUCAAAUAUCAACAAAUUUACUUUUGGAUUUGGUUUUAGAUUUGAUAUAAAAAUGAAGGAAAUUUUAAAAUUUAUUCAAAAGAAUGCAACAAAACUUACUGAAAUCAUUUCUGAUCAUAAUAAUAACAUAAACCAUGUUCGAUU